UUCUACAUAAUACUCUCUGUAGUCUCCCUCUCUCUGAAGCCAUGGAGGAAGUAGUAAUCAUUGGAGCAGGAAUCGCCGGGCUUGCAACGGCCCUCGGUCUCCACCGAAAAGGGAUAAGAACCUUGGUCCUGGAAUCUUCCGAUUCGCUCAGGGCUUCCGGCUUCGCUCUCACCAUAUGGGCCAACGCCUGGAAAGCCCUCGAUGUCCUGGGUGUCGCCGACUCGCUGCGCCAAACCCAUCUCCCCCUCCAACGAAUCGUUGCAAACUCUGCCUCUUCUGGAGGCAUGACUGCUCAGAUCCUCUUUUCAGCUCAGGGGAAAAGGGGAGAACUGGAAGUGCGUUGCUUGAGGAGAAGCUUGCUUCUUGAGGCUUUGGCAAGGGAACUGCCUCCAGGCACAAUAAGGUACUGCUCCAAAGUGAUUGGAAUCGAAGAGGAUGGCUACUUGAAGCUCCUGCACUUAGCUGAUGGAUCUUCUCUCAAAACUAAGGUCUUAUUGGGAUGUGAUGGUGUGAACUCAGUGGUAUCAAAAUGGCUAGGACUUAGCAAGCCUACCUUUUCCAAACGCUUAGCCACUAGAGGCUUUGCUGUGCUUCCUCAAGGGCAUGGCUUCAAGCAUGAGUUCUUGCAAUACUCUGGAGAAGGCUUUCGAUCAGGGUUUUUGACUUGUGAUGAAAGAAACAUUUAUUGGUUCUUCACCUGGACUCCCACUGAUCAUGACAAAGAAGCUGAAGAAAAUGCUAGCAAGAUGAAACAGUUAAUUUUGAGUAAAAUGCGCAAAUCAAAGCUGCCCGAGAAAAUCAUCGAAGUCAUAGAGAAAAGUGAAAUGAGUGAACCAGUCUCUUCUCCACUGAGAUACAGAUGGCCUUUUGAUUUACUCAUUGGAAAUAUCAGCAAAGGCAAUGUUUCUGUUGCUGGAGAUGCACUUCACCCAAUGACCCCUGAUAUUGGCCAAGGAGGAUGCUCUGCACUCGAAGACGCCAUUGUUCUUGCUCGAAGCUUGGGUGAAGCUAUUCUUGCAGGAAAGCUUUGCAAGACUGAGGAAGAAGAGUAUAUGAUCAUUGACAAGAGUUUGGAGAAGUAUGCGAAGGAGAGGAGAUGGAGGAGCUUUGACCUUAUUGCUACUGCUUAUCUUGUUGGUUUAAUGCAGCAGAACGAAGGAGCUGUUAUGAGAUUUUUAAGGGAUAAGUGCUUGGCUGGGAUUUUGGCAAGGUUGCUUCUUAAGAAAACUGAGUUUGAUUGUGGGAAAAUAUGAAAACUCUUCAUGCGGUAUUUUUAAAGUUUUGGGAGGUAAAUAUUUGUAUAUUGGUGAAAUGUGUUUGAGGAUUUCAUGUUAUGCUGUUUGGUUGUGGAAUUUUCAAUGGACGCUAU